UCCCCUCCCAUCAUCAUCGCCUAGCACCAGCGAGACGCUUAAGUUCUUGUAGACGAAAUUAACUAUAGACCACAAGUCAGAGUCGAGAAAAUGGACUAGUCAGAAAGAACCCUGGGUAGAGAACGUUCCCAAUACUUUCUCUUACACAGGUAAUCCCGUGCGGUGACGCAGCCCCGGGCAUGCGCAAAGCUCCCUGAGAGUUACAGUUCACCAGGUGAACCAAGAAUGGCGAGGCUGCGCUGAUCACCCUGGGAAUUGUAGUGCCGGCUAGAGAGUGCUCUCUGCGCAGACGCAAACGGCUGUCCCUUCCGGGUUCCAGCGUCCUCGCGUUUCACCAAAGGAAAUCUCUUCGUUUUCCAGAGUGACUAUGGCAACCUACAGCCUGGCAAACGAGCGACUACGCGCCCUGGAAGACAUCGAACGGGAAAUCGGCGCGAUUCUUCAGAAUGCAGGUACCGUGAUCCUGGAACUUUCGAAGGAAAAAACCAAUGAACGGCUGCUAGACCGGCAAGCGGCGGCUUUCACGGCGUCGGUGCAGCAUGUAGAGGCGGAGCUGUCGGCUCAGAUCCGCUACUUAACCCAGGUGGCCACAGGGCAGCCCCAUGAGGGCUCCAGCUAUUCUUCAAGGAAAGACUGUCAGAUGGCCCUGAAGCGAGUGGACUAUGCUCGCCUCAAGCUCAGUGAUGUGGCCCGAACCUGUGAGCAGAUGCUGGAAAACUAAGCCAAGUAGGUGGAGAGACAGCUUGGAAUGAGACUACCACCUGCACCCCGGGACAGAACCUGGAGACCUGCAGGAUGGGGAGCACAGGCUGCCAUGCCUGCCCUGUUGGUCAGAAUAUGAGGACAGUGAGGUAAAAGGUGGGAAUGGAGAAAUUUAAAGACCGAGCCUGCCUACAACUCUGCCCUGGUUCCCCCAGCAGGGUGCUGCUGUUCUGCAUGCAUUUCACAGAAGUGCUAAAAAGCUCAGACAGAAGACAGAGAUUCAGACACACAACCCACUUCCUCAUGUAUUUCAUGUCUUUGUCCCAGGCGUCCACAGACUUGUACAUUCUUCUUCAUUGGGAGAGAUAAAACAAGAACUAAGGGUUUUAAUAAUAAAAACAGUAACAACAAAAA